GUUUGGACAGUAACACAGAGCUCACUGACUGUAGCCCUCGUCAGCAUUCGCGGCCAGUCUCCGCAACUCUCGCCUUGGUACAUUACCACAGUGGCUAUGAGAGCGAGCUCGCGCAGCGUCAUGCAACCUAUACGGGCGGAGAGAUCGUCAGUAUACACAGGAACGUUGAUUCGGAACCGGAGUUAAUUGAACAACUAAACAUAAGUCACUAAGAUGAACGGCACGACAGAAUCAUGGAACAUUUCGUCAACAUCCAGUCUGGAGGACGCUACCACGCAGACAUUUAUGGCGAUGCACGUGAUCUACAAAGAGCAUUUACCCGUGAUAUACGAGAUUCCAAAGAUAGUAAAGGCCAUCAUGUACGUAUUCGGCUUUCCUGGCAACAUCCUGGCGUGUAUCAUGUGGUUACAGCGCCCCCUACUCCACUCUUCAGGUUGUUACCUCGCGUCACUGGCGAUCUCGGACCUUCUGUUUCUUGUUCUUUCCAUGAUGUUUGAUCUUGAGUACAUAUGGGAGAUCAAGACCAUUGGUGUACCCGUCGUCUGCCAGGCGUUUCCGGUUAUUUACAUGGCGGUGCAGUACAUGUCGCCUUUGUUGACAAUGGCAUUCACUGUCGAGCGGUUUAUUUCAGUAAGGUUUCCUCUUGGACGUCGGAUUUACUGUACGGUGAAGAGGGCUGCCAUGGUGAUACUGUUUCUGGCACUGUUCGUCUUGGUUGCUGGGGGGAUACAGGCCUAUAUUUGGGAUUAUGAUUACACACACCAUGCCUGUGAUAUCAGAAUCGGCAUCGAUGAGUUUAGGAAACACUGGACAUGGAUUACAGAAUCUACAAUGUUUAUUCUGGUCCCCGUUAUGAUUCUCGGCAUGAACGUUCUCCUAAUAUUCACUAUCCGUCGUUCAAAACGUCGAGCGCGCCAUCUGUAUGGUUCACCACCAAAGCACAGAUCGGCUACGACAGAAAUGCUUCUUGUUGUGUCUUUUUAUCUCAUAUUUACGACACUGCCAGUGACGAUUCUUUACGCUCUCGGGGAUUUCUUUCCUCCCAAUCCCGAGGUUUAUGAAAACGUUUCUCAAGACCCAGUAUGGCAGAGUCAUUUUAAGUAUAUGGUUGUUCGCGAGGCCGUGUAUGCGAUUGGGAUAUCUCAUUAUGUCUGUAACUUCUAUCUGUACCUCGCUACAGGACAUCGUUUUCGGAUGGAAACCAAACGCUACUUCCAACAUAUUGUCAAAAAAGGAUGAACAUAAUAAUGUAUUUUUUUCUUUGUCUCAAUUUAAUUAUGUAGUGUCGUAUUAACAAAAUGUAAUAUGCUGUAAUGCAUAUUUUUGCGCUUAAGAUAAAUCGUUUUACUUGCAAACCAAUUAUCUAGUUGAUAGUGUGCAGGCAUAAUUUAUCAUUUAUAAAUAAGGAUUUUUGUAUUUCUCUGAUUGGAUUGAACUGUAUAUUUUUUCCGCUAGACCUCAUGGUAAAUAUGUAUGUAACAGACUUGGUAACAGCCUGAAUAUGAAAAAUACAGUUCAAAACAUUUAAUAUUUCCCUAACAUUUUUUUUUUAAAAAAAACGUCUUUAUCGUCAGUGCAAAUAAUGUUUCUUUAACAGUCAAGUGUCACCUGACUGUUUGUUUCUCCCGUUAUGCGAAUGAGAAGGAGAAGCAUCAAAAUGACACCGAUCCCAUUGCGUUCAAAGCCCAAUUAAAUCAAUUUGACCAGGUAGAUUGUAUAUAUACCACAUCGGACGUACAUAGCUUUAAUGUAUCAUCGUGCGAUUGCUUCAUGGUGAAUAGUGAUGUCAGCUGUUUCCGUUAAUACCGGUAACGAAAGCAUUCAAUAUAGCAUAUAAUUUGUAGUACAUUUAACAAAAUCAGCUACCGGUGAUUUAGUUGAAAAGGCUCGCUACUUUCCUUUAUUGCGUUUUGACGAGAAAAGCACUCCAACAAUUUUAGCCACUUGAGCUAUUGAAGCAAACAUGUUCUCCAUUAUUUGAAGCAAACUGCCAAGCGCCACAUUGACAAUAUCAAAUCAGUCGUCUUGUGUAUGCAUACCAAGUGGAUGCGCCCAAAUAGAGAAAACAAAUGUUUCAUACUGCACAUUGUCGAUGAAAAGUAUGCCAAUUUACAUUGCAGCCAUGCUAGUUGUGAAAUCCAGUCUUACUACUGAUAGCAGUAAUAUAGUACUUACUGAGACCAGUAUUAUGUCAUACGUACUUGCUGACAGCAGUAUUAUACCACAUUUACUUCCUGGCUGCAGCAUUAUACAAUUUGUGCUUGCAGGACAGCUACACUACACGCAUAAUUUCCCCCAAAAAUGCAUUUCAGUUACCAUGAUUACGUUCACUAGAGAGAAAGUUGGGUUUAUUUCUGCAAAAUCGUCCUGCUGAACAAUUUUUAGUGUCAUAUUUUCUCAAAUAUUCCAAUUGCUAGAGGUAAUAUCUAAUUAAAAGCAACACCUGCCAAAUAAGGGGAUGAAUACGGCUGCGUGCUGGCCGCCAACGGUCGGUGCACGGUCCCACUGGUAACACUAUAGACGUCUUAACAAGACGCAAAUGUUUCCUUAACCGGCGGCAAACCAUGUCUACAAAUACCAAUGUUUGUCUAUAAAAGCUGUGACAGCGAGCCCGACCACUGCAGCAGUAUAGAAAGAUAAUUACCUACAGUCUGAUUAAUGUCCUUCCUUUCAUCAUUAAGGCAGUCUAUUUCUGAUGACGUCGUUUUUUCAUCGAAAUAGUUUGGAAUGAAAUAUAAUUUUAAUUAGAUCAUUAAAUAGUCAUAUUUCAAGCAUUGUUCAUUUAGAUAUCGCCGCUUGUCCCUAUUUCUUCCUGCCUGUUCUUAUUUCUUAGUUCUUUUUUGUUAGUAACAGCUGCCGGUCAGACUGUGGAAAACGCUUUUUUUUAUUUCUGUAAUCUUACUCUUACAUGUACUAACCUAAAUUUAUCAAUUAAAGUGAGCAAAUAGAAAAAAAUAACACUUAAAAUAAGAUUAAACACCAUUGGAGUUUAAAGACAAAUGACAAUUCCCAGACCGUAUUUCGCCAUUACACAAUUUGUUUUCUAUUUAUAACUAAAUUCCCCGCAUUCGAUCUAAGGUUCGCCUCAAGAUUGGCAAUGUCUAUCAAAAUAAUCUAAAUCUGUACAGUUGUUCAUCUACGACCAUUUGUAGCUAUUUUACAUUCGCUAAUCCAUGACUCAAUGUAAAGAUCCGACACUCAAUAAACAGUGAUUCUUGUAGAGAUUUGUCAUUCGUUAAAACCUUCAACCCGUAGUAGAUUGUUAACAUCGGUUAAUCCAUGAUCAUUGGAAAGGAUUCGACUCGCCUCAAUCCAUAAUCUAUUAUGGAAACUCCGCUUGUUAUUAAAUACUGUCGACGACUUGAACCCAACACAACGAACUUUUAAAACGCUGUCCAUCGAUACAUAGGAUCGUAUAGUUAUAUUCCGCUUUUUGUUGUUUAGUUUUGAUAACGUUAUUCGUAAUGAAAAAUGGUCCCUAGCAGGUCCGAAGACUCUUGGACGUCGAAGAUUUCACAAAGGGUCUUACGAUAGAACAAUCGAAUACACAAUAAAUGUAAUACACUAUUGUGUCAAUAGACUGUUGAUACUUAACAAAUAAAGAAAACAUUUCGAAGAUUUCUAGAUAAGGUUGUAGUGCUUAUUUCGCGUUAAAUACACACGUUCUCUUCAAAACCAUUUAAAUCGGUAUUGCACCUGUGUUUGACGUCAAUAAAAGGUAUGUUUAGAUCAUUUCCGAAAAUUGAACCUUUCGUGUCAACACGUGUUUAGAAAAAGAAAAAAAAUCUCAAACAUUAAAAUGUCUUGUCCUAACGUGCGUGUUGCUGUCACUUUACCCAGAUCUUCUGCUUCGUGGGAGAGGUUCCUUAUACUACAUCUCCGCACGCACACGUGGGUAGGUGUUCUAAUUAUUGUAGCUAACGAUGAAACUGUCCUAAAAUCUGUCCACCUCGACACUACAUAUCUUUGUGAGCGAUUAAAUACUCUGUAAAGUACAUAGGCCAAUGUGGAACGGAAAAUGGAAUCGUUUUAUGCUCGGGCUCGGUCUUUUUGUUAGAUAAUCCUUGCUGUUUAAGGACCGAGCAGGUGGCUAUCCGGCAGUAUCGAUACUUGCCGCGUAGUCCUACUGACCUAGAAGAUUUGUCAGCCUGAUUGUUAGCAUGUAAAUAUUUAUUCAAUUGAAUUUUAAGAUGAAUGU